GCGGGCCGGGUGGCCGCGGGGUCGGAGGCGGCCAUGGGGCAGGGGGCGGCCGCGGCUCCAGGGGCCAGCUAGUGACGGCGAGCGGCGGCGGGGCGCCGGGACGCGCGGGUGUGGCCUGGCGAGGAGACGGCCCCGCAGGCUCCCGGGGCAGCGAACGGCAUCCUGGGUUUUCGGGCCAAAGUCCUCCACGUCCAUCAACUGCAGAAAUGGAACAAGAAAAAGUCAACGGGAACAAGGAGCCGAGUGCAGAGGCAUCUUCGUACCGCUGUUCCGCGUGCCAUGGGGACGAGGACUGGGGCCCGGGGCACCCACUCCGGGGCCGCGCCAAGUCCCGCAGCCUGUCGGCUGCGCCUGUCCUGGCCAGCGCCCGCGAGUUCAGGAGGACCCGCUCCCUGCACGGGCCGUGCCCAGUGACCACGUUUGGACCAAAGGCCUGCGUGCUGCAGAAUCCCCAGACCAUCAUGCACAUCCAAGACCCUGCCAGCCAGCGGUUGACGUGGAACAAGUCCCCAAAGAGUGUCCUCGUCAUCAAGAAGAUCCGGGACGCCAGCCUGCUGCAGCCCUUCAAGGAGCUCUGCGCGUACCUGAUGGAGGAGAACAACAUGAUCGUGUAUGUGGAGAAGAAGGUUCUGGAAGACCCUGCCCUCUUGAGCGAUGAUCACUUUGGGCCAGUGAAGAGGAAGUUCUGCACCUUCAGAGAAGAUUACGAUGACAUCUCCAAUCAGAUUGACCUCAUCAUCUGCCUGGGGGGCGACGGGACCCUUCUAUACGCUUCCUCCCUCUUCCAGGGUAGCGUGCCUCCAGUUAUGGCAUUCCAUCUGGGCUCCCUGGGCUUCCUGACCCCCUUCAACUUCGAGAACUUUCAGUCGCAAGUUACUCAGGUGAUACAGGGGAAUGCAGCUGUUGUUCUCCGGAGCCGGCUGAAGGUCAGGGUCGUGAAGGAGCCCCGAGGGAAGAAGGUGGCUGUCCCCAAUGGCAUCAGCGAGAACGGGGUGCUGGCUGCAGGCCUGGACGUGGAGGUUGGGAAGCAGGCUGUGCAGUACCAGGUCCUGAACGAGGUGGUGAUUGACAGAGGCCCCUCCUCUUACCUGUCCAACGUGGACGUCUACCUGGAUGGGCACCUCAUCACCACAGUACAGGGCGAUGCGUGUCCCGCAGGCGUGAUCGUCUCCACCCCGACGGGCAGCACGGCGUAUGCGGCCGCCGCGGGCGCGUCCAUGAUCCACCCCAACGUGCCCGCCAUCAUGGUCACACCCAUCUGCCCCCACUCGCUGUCCUUUCGGCCCAUUGUGGUGCCCGCGGGGGUUGAGCUGAAGAUCAUGCUGUCACCAGAGGCAAGGAAUACUGCAUGGGUAUCUUUCGAUGGACGAAAGAGACAGGAGAUCCGCCACGGAGACAGGUGAACAAUCAUUAACAGGACAAAGAAAAGGGGGCAGGAUACAAACUCUGGAAGUGUGACCAUGGAGCAAAGACUCCAGCAAUGGUCGAAGGCCUGGGUAACACUGUCCUCUGUGCUGGAGUGGCCAGCCCAAGAGGGGAAGGUGACUUGGCACUCCAACGUCAUUUCAGAAUUGUUAAAAUGAACUGUCUCAGAUAAAAUGCAAGAAAGACUCGGCUAUAAAGUUUUUGCUGCUUUUCAUACAAUUGCUUUUGAAAUUAUUUGACUACAAGUAACUCACUGAUCAGCAACAACCAGUGCUGCUGGGCAGUCAUCAAGCAUCUCAGAGUUGCGUGCAAAGUAGGAAAAUCUACCCUAUAAACUUUGUUCAGUGUCCUGAAUACUCACUUUUAGGGAUGAUGAAGGUGUCAUAUUCUGCUCCGAGAUACAGAUGUUAAGAGAACUUCACUUUUGCUUUCUUUUUUGCAUUUUAGGCCCAGGCCCCUGACCAACCCCUGGGUUGUCCAGGCCUUUCCUCCAGUCAUACCUUCUGGAGGAUCCCAAGGAAAACCCUUCCCCUGCACCUCGUGGCCCAAACGCUGCCUGUAGACGCCAGAGGUAGGCAGAUACCACCAUCCAUUAACUGACCCUCUGGUCAAUAUCUAAAGGAGAAACUAUUCAUUUUAAAACAAUAUGAAGCUAAAUAUAUGAAAGUCUGACAAGAAGAAUAGGCCUUGGACUUCCCUAGUGGUAUAGCGGAUGAUAAUCCACCUGCCAAUGCUGGGGCACGUGUUUGAUCCCCGGUCCGGACAGAUUCUGCAUGCCACAGAGCAACUAAAAACCGUGCACCCAACUACUGGAGUCCAUGCUCCGGGCCCAUGCGUGCUCCGCAACAGGAAAAGCCACCACGAUGAGAAGCCCAUGCACUGCAACAGAGUAGCCUCUGCUCGCCACAACUACAGAAAGCCCCCGGACAGCAACACGUACCCAGUGCAACCGAAAUAAAUAAUUUUUUUAAAGUAGGCCUUAAGAAGAGCCCAUUAGAAACUUCUCUGGCGGCUGACUAAGACACCAAGCUUCCAACGCAGACGGCAUGGGUUCAAAAACUAGGUCCCACAUACGGAAACUAACACCCAGGACAGACAAAUAAAAAUAAAUAUUAAAAUGAAGAGGAAGAAGAGCCCGUUAGCAGUAACCUCGCUCCUAAAAAUUACCUUUAAAAGUAAGUGGAGAGAAUUCCUUGGCAGUCCAGUGGCUAGGACUCCAAGCUUUCACUGCAAGAGCCUGGGUUCAAUCCCUGUUCGGGAACUAAGAUCCCACAAGCAGUGUGGCACGACUAAAAAAAAAAUUUUUUUUUUUUUUGCUAAAAAUUAAUAAUGUAAGCCAGGAGGAAAACCGGGCCAGGAAGAUGCUGCGCAUGGUGCCAGGGAUGGGUCGGGGGUGGGGGCGCGUGCGCAGGCAAGACAGUCCCACUGAAGCCCCUCCCCGACUUGGGCCAAGGCCGCGCCCCCUGGUGGAACUCCCCAAACUCAGCCAACCGGCGUCCUCGUGAGGGGCGUGGCCUUGGAUUCUAGCUGUCCCUAGUGCACCUCCGUUGCUGGCUUCCUCAGCUAGGACAGUCCCUUUGUCUUUCCUCUUCUAAGGGAGGCUCCUUGAGGCUGAAAUUUCUGUCUCUUGAAACCAAAACUCAGAGCCAGCUUAUAGGUCGGCUCCUCCACGAACUUGCCGCUCCCUGGGUCGCGGUGGUACGGCCCGGAAGUUAUCAACGGUUCCCAGAAGCAUCACCCCUGACUGGACUGAAUUGGUACGGCCCGGAGGAUACCAAGGGGACGACCGUGAGAGGGUGCCGUUAUCCAGAAGCACCUGCCCCGCUGGCCGAGAUGGUACGGCCCGGGACGUGCCAAGAGAACCGCGAGGGGGCGCCAUCACCCAGCAGCACCACACCAGCCUGGGCCGAGGUGCUACAACCCAGAGGGGACCAAGGCCGCGGGGGCCGCCAUCGCCCAGCUGCACCACCCUCGCCUGGGCCACGUAUUACGGCCCGGAGGGUACCAAGGCCGCGCGCCGCCAUCGCCCAGCAGCACCACCUCCACCUGGGCUGAUGAGG